UAUGAAGACACUCAGGAGAAUGUGGUGACAUAAAGAACAAGGAUGGAGGAGUCUGUCUCUGAGGGGAGACCUCCCUCUCCUGCACCCACCUGUGUGUCCAUGAAGAGCGAUCAGUCCAAGGCUUCAGGCAUUAAUUUCAAAGGACCAGACUCUUCACCCGAACAGAUGGAGGAGUCUGUCUCUGAGGGGAGACCUCCCUCUCCUGCACCCACCUGUGUGUCCAUGAAGAGUUAUCAGUCCAAGACUUCAGGAAUUAAUUUCAAAGGACCAGACUCUUCACCCAAACAGAUGGAGGAGUCUGUCUCUGAGGGGAGACCUCCCUCUCCUGCACCCACCUGUGUGUCCAUGAAGAGUUAUCAGUCCAAGACUUCAGGAAUUAAUUUCAAAGGACCAGACUCUUCACCCAAACAAUUCAUGUCACAGAGAUCACAGUCAUCUGCACAGAGCUCGGUGUCAUUGAGGAGUGACAGGUCAAAAGAUGGUGGCCUUCCACACUUCCGUGAGGAUCCCAUGUCAUCUUACCAAAGAAAGCCAAAGAAAGGUACCAGUGUUCAGCAUGAGCAAGAGAGUCUUACUCAUGUAUUCCAGGGAAUGGAACGCCCUCGCAUGUAG